GUGUUUUUGUGCGAAAUGAAUGCAAAGAUCUUGUUGUUGGCGCUCCUGGGCAUGCUGGCUUAUGCCCAGGCCAGGAUAACAUUUGCCGAUGUCCAAGCAGCGGAAUGGGAGUCAUUUAAAAUGGAAUUCAAUAAGAACUAUGAUGAUAAGGAGGAUCAUCGCCAUAUGUUGAUGUUCCUGAAUAACAAGAGGAUUAUUGACGAGCACAAUGAACGAUUUGCAUCUGGUGAAGAGAGCUACAAGAUGGGUGUCAAUCAAUUUACGGAUUUGUUUGAUGAGGAGUUCGAUAGCCUGUUUGCUGGCAGUGUGAUGGAUGCAGAGGAUGACUUUGAUUCAAUUGAAGACGACACCGAGUUUGAUUUCAAUGAUGACCUUACAGAGGAGGAGGAUACCGAUUUUGAAAACGAUCUACGUGAUCAUACCGUAGAUUGGAGGACAAUCGGUGCUGUUACUCCAGUGCUGAAUCAGGGUCACUUCAACACCUCGUGGGCCUUUGCGGUAGCCGGUGUCGUCGAGAGCAGACAGUUUGUGGCAACUGGAAAGUUGGUAACCUUAUCAAAACAGAAUUUGGUUGACUGUUGUCGCACAAAGCACAAGAAGACAAUGAAUGCGCUGAAGUGCAUUAAGAAAAAAGGUGGCAUCCAGACUGAGGCAUCGUAUCCUUAUCGAGGUUUAGCUGGUAAAUGCCGCUUCAAUAAGAAACUCAUCGGUGCGAAGAUUAACAAGUACUACCAGAGUUCUCCUGGCAACGAGAGGGCCUUGGUUCACAAUGUCGCCAAGGGUCCAGUUGUCGCCGUAAUCUCCCGUGAUGCCUUUAGGUUCUAUAAGAAGGGCGUAUUCCACAACCCAAAGUGCAGCAAGUCCCCAGACGUUUCGGUUCUUAUUGUCGGUUAUGGAACUUGCGAAAAUUGUGGUGACUAUUGGCUACUGAAAACUUCUCUGGGCACUUCCUGGGGAGAGAAGGGUUACAUGAAAAUAGCGCGCAAUAGGAAUAAUAUUUGUGGCAUUGCCAGUAGGGCUUAUUAUCCCAUUAUUAAACACUAAAAAAAGGUAUUUCUUCAAGAAAUCUAAAAAUGUUACCAGUGUAUUAAUGUAACAAAGUUUUUUAACAUUAUAAUAAAAGUGAGUCUUGUCAGACUCCAUAAAUGAAAUUAA